UUCUAUUACAUGGUGAAGCCUAUGAAAUAAAAUUAACUAACUAACUACUUUAAUAAUAUUAUCCACAGUCACUACUUUUAUUAUGGUUAGGUAAAUAUACUAACUAUGAAGUUGACAGCGUUUGGGUAACUUACUAUAUUUCACAGCACUGCUUUUAUCUGCUUCAUUUCAGUGAUGAUUUCUGAGAAAGCAAACCAAUAACAGCAGCUUAUUGUUUUAUAGAAAUUGUAUUCUAUUGACCAUAUUUCACCGACGCACCCUCAGUGGAAUAAUUCACCAUUCAUUUUUUUUUUUUCUUUGAUGAAUUUUUCAUUCUUCCAAUUUAGAAUUUGUAAUUCUUGCAAAAGAGUUUUGAAUUAAUUGCAUGUAUCAAUUUUUUUUUUUUUUUUACUCUUCUGGAAGAAAACAUGUACUCGCACUCAUUCCAUUCCAAAACUAUGCUUUGUUUAAUCCCGCGUGAAUCCUUAAUGAAUCAAUUUCAGAAAAUAUGUUUGUUUGUAUUUGUAUCUGCGCUUUUCCAGUUUUCAUUUUGCGAUCCACAGAUAAUCAAAAGGGAGUGGAAGGACCUGAGGGAGAGUAAACGAUGACACACGAUGAGACAUAUUCUUUUUUUUUUCUUCUUCAUUUAAAGCGACGCUUGCGUGAUGGCUGCAUCAGGAAUAUCAUUGUCUAUAUUUCAGUCGACAGAAACUAGAUUUUUUUCGCGCGUGAACACUUAAACACAACACACUCACCGUCAACAAACCCAGGGAUUCCAGUAGCACGUGCGACACACACAACUUUCAGCCGUUGAUGCGCUCGGGCAGGGGGUGACGUCACUUCCGGGAUGUUGUCAGUCAGUCAGAAGUCGUCUCCGUCGAGCGCAGUCGGUGUGUGUUUUGGUCCGCGUUUGCGCUCCGCCGCAUCGGGUUCGAGUAUCAGAAUGGUCCGGGGUCUUCGCGCUCGCGGCGUUCUCUCGCUCGCUCUGUAAUGCGGAGAGGAAGAAGCGCCAGGGGAAGCGGUUUUAUUGAUGCUGCGGGGAUUUGUGUCGGAGGAGCGGGCUAGCUCACUGCGCUAGCUCGAGACAGGAUGAUUCGCUGGAUCCGACAGCAGCUGGGCUUCGACCCUCCCCAUCAGAGUGACACACGCACAGUUUACAUAGCAAACAAGUUUCCACAGCAUGGCCAUUAUAUUCCUCAGAGGUUUGCAGACAACAGGAUCAUUUCCUCCAAGUACACGAUAUGGAACUUCAUCCCCAAGAAUUUGUUUGAGCAGUUCAGAAGAAUCGCCAAUUUUUAUUUUCUCAUCAUCUUCUUGGUUCAGUUAAUGAUAGACACACCCACUUCCCCUAUAACUAGUGGACUUCCCCUGUUUUUUGUCAUCACAGUAACUGCCAUCAAACAGGGAUAUGAAGACUGGCUGCGGCACAAAGCUGACAAUGAAGUGAACGGAGCGCCUGUGUUUGUCGUGCGCAGCGGCAGUCUGGUCCAAACCCGAUCCAAGAAUAUCAGAGUAGGUGAUAUUGUGAGAGUAGCCAAAGAUGAGACGUUUCCUGCAGAUCUGGUACUAUUAUCAUCAGAUCGGGCCGAGGGGACGUGCCACAUCACCACUGCCAGCCUGGACGGAGAGACUAACCUGAAGACGCACUAUGCGGUGCCAGAAACGGCGGUGUCGCAGUCGGUGUCGCGGCUGGAGUCUCUGCAGGCGGUGGUGGAGUGCCAGCAGCCCGAGGCAGACUUAUACAGGUUUGUCGGGAGAAUAACAGUAACCCAACAUGGAGAGGAGAUAGUCAGACCCUUAGGACCAGAGAACCUCCUGCUUCGAGGAGCAAGAUUAAAAAACACCAAAGAAAUCUUUGGUGUGGCGGUGUAUACUGGCAUGGAGUCCAAGAUGGCUCUGAACUACAAGUGCAAAUCCCAGAAACGCUCUGCAGUAGAGAAAUCCAUGAAUACGUUUCUCAUCAUCUACUUGGGCAUUCUGCUGUUUGAAGCCGUUCUCAGCACCAUUUUGAAGUACGCCUGGCAGGCAGAGGACAAGUGGAACGAGCCGUUUUACAAUCAGAAGACUGAUCAGGAGAGAAACAGCAGUCAGAUUUUGAAGUUUAUUUCUGACUUCCUGGCUUUCCUGGUUUUGUACAACUUCAUAAUCCCCAUCUCGCUGUACGUGACCGUUGAGAUGCAGAAGUUUCUGGGCUCUUUUUUCAUUGGCUGGGACUUGGACCUGUACCAUGAGGAGAGCGACCAGAAGGCUCAAGUCAACACAUCAGACCUCAAUGAGGAGCUGGGACAGGUGGAGUACGUUUUCACAGACAAAACGGGAACCCUCACUGAGAACGAGAUGCAGUUUAGGGAGUGUUCUAUCAACGGUAUCAAAUACCAGGAGAUCAACGGGAAGCUUGUCCCUGAAGGAAUGACAGAAGACUCUCCGGAUGGAUCGGUGCCUUGUUUGAACAGGGAGGAGGAGUUGUUCCUGAAAGCUGUCUCACUGUGUCACACGGUGCAGAUCAGUUAUGAUCAAACGGAUGGGCCGGGAGACCCGUUCUCACAUGCCAACGGCUUCUCUCCUCAGAUGGAGUAUUACGCCUCUUCUCCUGACGAGAAAGCUCUAGUGGAAGCCACCAAGAGGAUGGGUGUCACAUUUAUAGGCAGCCAUGGAGAAAUAAUGGAGAUUAAAACAUUUGGAAAAGCAGAGAGAUACAAACUCCUCCACGUUUUGGAGUUUGACGCAAACCGCAGAAGAAUGAGUGUGAUUCUGCAGAAGCCCUCAGGUGAAAAGGUGCUAUUCACGAAAGGAGCCGAAUCAGCCAUUCUGCCCUACACCACGAGCGGCGAGAUUGAUAAAACCAGAGUCCACGUGGAUGAGUUUGCUCUGAAGGGUUUGCGGACGUUAGUGGUGGCCUGCAGACACUUCAGUGCAGAUGAGUAUCAGGAAGUGGACCGGCGGCUCCAUGAAGCCAGAACGGCUCUGCAGCAGAGAGAAGAACGAUUGGUUGAGGUCUUCAACUUCAUUGAGAAAGACCUAGAGCUGCUGGGAGCGACUGGGGUGGAGGACAAGCUGCAGGACAAGGUUCAGGAGACGAUUGAAGCUCUGCGAUUGGCUGGAAUCAAGGUGUGGGUGUUGACCGGUGACAAGCACGAGACAGCGGUCAGCGUGAGCCUCUCCUGCGGUCACUUCCACCGCACCAUGAACAUCCUGGAGCUCGUGCAGCAGAAAUCAGACAACGAGUGCGCCGAGCAGCUCCGCAGAUUAGCCCGGAGGAUUAAGGAGGAUCAUGUGAUCCAGCACGGGCUGGUGGUGGACGGGGCCAGUCUGUCUCUGGCUCUGCGGGAGCAUGAGAAACUCUUCAUGGAGGUGUGUAAGAACUGCUCGGCAGUGCUCUGCUGCAGAAUGGCUCCUCUCCAAAAAGCCAAGGUGGUGAGACUGUUGAAGACUUCUCCUGAGAAGCCCAUUACAUUAGCCAUUGGAGACGGAGCCAACGAUGUCAGUAUGAUCCAGGAGGCUCACGUUGGUAUUGGCAUCAUGGGCAAAGAAGGAAGACAAGCCGUGAGGAAUAGCGACUAUGCAAUCGCGAGGUUCAAGUUCCUCGCCAAAUUGCUGCUUGUACACGGCCAUUUCUACUACAUUAGAAUAGCAACCCUUGUGCAAUACUUUUUCUACAAGAAUGUGUGCUUUAUCACUCCCCAGUUUUUAUACCAGUUCUUCUGUUUGUUCUCACAGCAAACUCUUUAUGACAGCGUGUAUCUGACGCUGUAUAAUAUCUGCUUCACCUCUCUGCCCAUACUGGUAUACAGUCUGUUUGAGCAGCUGGUGCAUCCACAUGUUCUGCAGAGCAAACCAGCACUUUACAGAGACAUCAGUAAAAAUUCCCUGCUGUCCUUCAAAACCUUUUUGUACUGGACCUUCCUGGGCUUCUGCCACGCCUUCGUCUUCUUCUUCGGGUCCUACAUCCUGAUGGGAGAAGACACCACGCUGAUGGGAAACGGACAGAUGUUUGGAAACUGGACGUUUGGCACUUUAGUAUUCACUGUGAUGGUUAUUACGGUUACGCUGAAGCUGGCCUUAGAGACACAUUUCUGGACGUGGAUGAAUCACUUUGUCACAUGGGGCUCCAUCGCCUUCUACUUCAUCUUCUCCUUGUUUUAUGGCGGCAUCAUCUGGCCAUUUCUUCACACGCAGGACAUGUACUUCGUCUUUGUUCAGCUGCUGUCCAGCGGCUCGGCCUGGUUUGCCAUCUUCAUCAUCGUCAUCACCUGCCUGUUUCCAGAUGUCAUCAAGAAAGUCUUUUACAGGCACCUGCAGCCGACCAGCACGCAGAAAUCUCAGAUGUACACCAACCGUGUGGCUAUAGGUGAUGACUUCAUCGCACUUCAGCCUCUGUCCAGAGCCAAGAAUCAGCUGGGCAAGAUUAGUUUAUUGAGGCCUACCAGGGCAUCGGAUGCGUGGACUCCAUGUGCUGUUUCUCAGAGGGGGAAAACGGCUGCUCACGGCUGGGCCGGCUGGUGGAGCGAAUGAUGGGCCGCUGCGACCCCGCUCGAGCCACCAGAUCUUGGAGCGACUCGGACACCUUCUUCUCCAACGACCGGAGCAUCCUGACGCUCUCACCCAUGGAGGUCUCUCAUUGUUAAUGCACCAGCCCAAAAAGGAUCGGCUCGUAGAGUCUGGAGACGCCUGCCCUUUUACCCCGUCCCAUGCCCUUGUCCAGUCACCAGCCAGACUAUCACACUUUAAAAGCUCUUGAGUAUCACAUAAUAUGUGAUCAGCAACAACAAGGGACAGGCAGUUGCUCCUGCAAAAACCAAAGGAUUUGUGUGUCUUGAGUUUCCGCUGCUAGUAAACCCACGGAACUGUACGAGAAGGGCCACCGUCUUUCCUGAGGAAAACGAGGGGGUCUGUUUGAAGCCAUAAUUCCCUCUUUUAAUUGCCUGAUUUUCAAGGUAUUAAAUGUGGGCGCCGUGUAGCGCUAGCUCACAAACCUGUAGCCUCCUACCCUAAGAUGCCUACCUGUACACCCAGCCUGAGUUGUGGUUCGUACAGACUAUCAUGAUGCAAGAAUGUCGCGAUGGAGUUCUUGAAGGAAAACUCACAUAUCAUCCUUGAACUCUAUCACUUUAACCUCCAUCAGUCAUGUGCCUGCAUAUUAUUUUUCGUUAUGUCUCGCACAUGCUAUGUUGUCAUCUCUAACCAUUGUCACCGGUUAAUUUUUCAUUGUUGCCGUGUUCCUUGUUUUUCUGCUUGUGUUGCUAACCACUCGUCAAAGCUGUAUGAUUUUUUUUUUCCUCCUUUUUUUUUUUUUUUUGUUUGCGUGUGUAUGCAUGUGUGUAUUUAAUCGCGUAGGAGGGCAUAGUCAGAGGAAAAGGAAUAAAAUUCAUCCUACAUGGGCCGUGGGUUAUUGUAAAGCCAGAGCAUUGAGACAACCGUUUUAAACUUGCUUAUAUCAACUAUAUUGAAGUUUAUGAUAUCAGACUGCAUGCUGCACUUGGGUCAAUCUGUCUCAAUAACCCUGUAACAGAGGCCUAAGUCAACUGGACCUAAAUGCUCCCGAUUUGAGGAGUAUAGUCUUGGGAUUUGUCUUUAUUUUUGCUGCAAAGGCCAUGACACCCUGGAUCUCACAGGUAUCGGUUGAAAUCUGGUGCCGUGACCCGGGUGGCAGUUGGCAGUCAGAUUUUAUGAUGGAGUAUGGUUACAUUUUGAAUUGUGAAUUACUCUAUUUUGGUACUUCUUCUCUCUAGUCUUUAUUUGUAUAUCACUUUUUUCAUGUCAAUGUUCAAACCUAAAAUGACUCCUGACAGCUGAUCAUUACUAUUUCAGAUCUUGUGUUGAAAUCACACGGCGGAAGUGUUUUGCUUUAUAAUGUAUUUUCUUGGAUUAUAUAGCAAUGCAGUAUGCCACUUGUUACUCAGAGACAUUAGCAAUAAGACUCAAUCUAGACUGGAAAUACCUGAUCUAGCUGUGAUGUCAGUCAUCCAUGUUGCAGUUUCAUCUUUUUUGUGUACACAUAUGUUCUUCUAAUUGUACUCUCCUUACAGUGAAUAUGUUUAAUUGCCGAUGUUUAUGAAAGUUCUAUUUACAGAAUAAAUACCUUUAUAAAAUC